CCUCCUGCAGCAAUAGCACGUUGCGACUGUAACGGCAGAUCUCGGUAUUGCCUUCGGGACAAGUUGGGCCUGCACUGUGUCGACUGUCAAGGAAACACGGAGGGACGCCACUGCGAGCGCUGCAAGGAUGGUUACCACAUGGUGGGGGCGUCGCCGAGCUGCACGCCCUGCCGCUGCAACCUCACAGGUUCUGUCAGCGCCUCGUGUGACAGCAGGGGGCGCUGCAGCUGUAAAGAAGGCGUCACAGGAGAUAAAUGCAACCGCUGCCCAGACGGACCGAUCGGACCCAACGGCUGCAAGCAAAGACGUCAGCUCAGACAGGAUUCUGGGAGUCAGGCCUGUUUCUGUUACGGUCACAGCAGCCGAUGUUCAGUGCAGUCCGGUUUCUCCGUCUACAACAUCACAACCACCUUCACCGACGGUCCAGACGGUUGGACGGCAGCGACGGCGCAGGGCGUCACCCCCGACAACGUUCACUUCCGCUGGUCACCGACUCACCAGGACCUGGAGGUCAUCUCCAAAAACAGCCUGCCGGUUUACCUGUACGCCCCAGCUCCUUACCUGGGGAAUCAGUUGCUGAGUUACGGUCAGAACUUGUCCUUCUCGCUGCGUCUGGACCGUGGCGUCCGCCAUCCGUCCACCAGCGACGUGAUUGUGGAGGGCGGCGGCCUGCGAGUGUCAGCGUCGCUGGGUGAGCUGCGCUCUAUCGUCCCCUGUGGACAGAAGAUCAACUACAGCUUCAGACUGGAUGAGCGGCCCAGCAGUAAGUGGAGGCCUCAGCUCUCCUCCUCACAGUUUCAGACGCUCCUGCAGAACAUCACCGCCAUCAAGAUCCGGGCAACAUUCGGCGACGAUGGACGUGGUUACCUCGACAACGUGCAGCUGGUUUCGGCUCGACGCGGCACCGGCGUCCCGGCCCCCUGGGUUCAGACCUGCAGCUGCCCGCAGGGUUACGAGGGCGACUUCUGCGAACGAUGCUCGGCCGGUUUCAGACGCAGCGCCCCCGCACACGGAGCCUUCAGCACCUGCGAGCCCUGCAGCUGCGCAGGAGGCAGCUGCGACCCGCAGACCGGCGACUGUUACUCUGCCGACGAGACGCCCGGAGAGCGCAGCUGCGUCCACGGGUUUUACCGCGACCCCUGGCAGCCUCGCUCCUGUCUGAAGUGUCCCUGUCCGGACGGAGUGUCUUGCUCGCUGGCCGCCGGCGCUCUGGUGCCCCGGUGUGACCGCUGUCCGCCCGGCGCCACAGGUCCUCGCUGUGACGUCUGUCAGGAGGGCUUUUACGGUGGCCCUCCGAGGGGCGACGUGGUGCAGUCGACCUGCAGGCCCUGCCAGUGUAACGGCCACAUUGACGUCAGCGUGGCGGGAAGCUGCGACCGCAGCAGCGGCGAAUGUCUGAAGUGUCUGAACAACACGAAGGGGUGGAACUGUGAUUCCUGUCAGCGAGGCUUCUACCACCGCCGGGCCGGCGACGCCUGCAAACCGUGUGACUGCGACCUUCGGGGCUCAGAGUCUGAUCAGUGCGAUGACUCGGGUCAGUGUCGCUGCAGAGCAAACUUCGAGGGUCUGAAGUGUCAGAGGUCCAACUGUCCCGCCUGUUUCAGCCCCAUCAAGAAAAAGAUGGAGGCGUACGCUGCCAAACUGAAGGAGCUGGAGACGCUGUUCUCAAACAUGGACGGAGGUCUGAAACCCGGCAACAGCGCCGAGCUGGAGGCCGCCCUGAGAGCCGCCGAGGAGCUGGUGGACGACCUGCAGGACGACACCGAGCUGCUCGCAGGAUUGGAGAAGAACCUGCAGGGCCGCCUAGCGUCCAUCAGCAAGAGUCAGCUCGCCGAGGGGCAGGACAUCCUGAACAUCGCCGACGCCGCCGAUGACAUCAAACAGCGACAGCAGACAUAUAAGUCGAAGGUGGACGAUGUCCGGAGUCUGAUCGACGAGAUGAAAGGCAAACUGACGGACGCCAAAGACGACCUCAGAUCAGCUGAGAUUCCCGUCGGAGACGCUCCGUCUGUCCCGAACCCUUUCUCCUCUCUGGUGCAGGCCGCCAACAGUCUGGCUGAUAAACAUCAGACGACGGCGGGCGCCGUGGAGCGAAGCGCCAACGACGCUCUGAGUGACUCGGAGAAGAGUCUGAAUCUGGUCCGAGGUCUCAUGAACAAAGAGAACAAAGUCAAAGAGCUGAUCGGAGGUCUGAAAUCAAUGUACGAUAAGACCUCCUUCCAGGUGAAGGGUUUGGAGAACCAAGCCAUCCGGCUGAGCGGCGAGGCCAAAGACGAGAGCAAAAUGGCAGACGGCAUGCUGAAAGACAUCGCCAGCAUGGAGCGAAACUUCCCAGCAGCCCUGAAGGGGCAGGUGGACACCAUGGUCUCCAGGUUGGACGACAUGAGGCAGGCGGUGGACGGGGACAUCGAGGACAUUGAGGCGCUGAGGGACGACAUGCUGCGAGACAACGCCGCCACCGAGGACCUGCUGAGGAGGGGCAGGGCCUCUCAGAAGGAGGCCGGCAAGCUGCUGGACAGAGUCAAUGUCGCCAAGAUGGACACCGAGGACGCCCUGAGACGCAUCAACACCAACACCGAUGAACUGGACAACGCCCUCAACAACCUCAGAGGGUUUGACCAGCAGAUCGACGUCAAUAAAGCUGAGGCCGACGCCGCCAUCAAGCUCCUUCCUGGCAUCAGCUCCAUCAUCCAGGAGGCCGUCAGGGACAACGCUGAGACCACGUCUCUGCUGAGGGACGUGUCCGGAGGCUACAACGAUGCCCUUGGAACCUUCAACGUCCUGGAGAACAAGGUUAACGACCUGGAGGGGACAUUUAGGUCUUUGCCGCCUUAUGACGGUCUGCUGAUCGAAGCCACCAAACUGAACAAGGACGCACUGGACCUGAAGACGAAGGCGCUGGGAGUUGCUGGAGACCUGUCCUCAAGGCUGGACAGCGCCCAGAGGCUGGAGAUGGACGCCCAGCAGGCUGCUGAUGGAGCGGUUGCAGCGUUCAACAACGCCAGACAGACCAGAGACGCCGUGGGAAUGACACUGAAGGACAUCAACGCUCUUCUGGACAAGAUGAACCAGCCGGGGACUGUGGACGAAGACGAGCUGAAGAGGCUGGAGGACAGCGUGGCCGACGCUCAGAGGGACGUGGAGGGGAAUCUGAGGCCGCGGCUCAGGAUCAUGGAGGACCAAGAGGAUGCCUACCGCCGCCGCCUCAACAGCAUCAAUGUGGACAUCGAUAAGAUCCUGGGAGACAUCACUAACCUGGAGGACAUCUUGAAGGCCAUCCCUGAAGGCUGCUUUAACAGCCGCCGCGACGAGGAGCCCUGAGGACGCCCGAGACCACUAACAGCACCUGCUGGUCCAACGAGACACCUCCUGCUCCCAUUUAACUCAGCAUUUUGUUUCUUGUUAAAAACACUGUUUGCGUCAUCGGCCUGCUGCAGUUAUUGAUCACAGUCAUGUUUAAUGAUAAGAAAGAUAUCACAAAUUGAUAUUAAAAAUCUAUAUUUUUAUAGCAUCUUUCUUGGGCAAAGUGUGAAUACUGAGACGAGUAUUUUUAGUCUCUUUACAACACAAACUUUUAUUUUAUUGUGUGAAUCAAACACAAGUGAAAAACUCACCGCUUACAGCUGCUGAUGAAAUAUAUCUCUGGAGCUUCUCGCUGUCGGACCUCGUUACACUUCAAAUUAAAAGUUUAAAAGUUCUCUGAGGCUCAUGAAGACCGGAUCUCUGGCUUGUUGAGCAUUAUUUUGGAUUUGUAGAUAAAUCUGAAUCUUUUAUUUCUCCUCCAAAGUUGGAUCAGAUGUUCCUCUCACAUAUCGCGUCUCAUGCAGCAACACGCUCAGAAAUUUUGUCUUAUAUUUUUCUCGUCAUGAGAUGUCAAAUCCAGAAGCAUCAAACCUUGUAAACCAUCCAGAUCUGCUCCGACCAGGUGAGCUCAAUGAUCAUCAGCAACCUGUCAGCUCAGGAAACGCCCCCGAAACACCAUAUAAGGACAGGUGUGGUGCCGUGUGCAAAGACUCUGAACCACAGAAUUGGAGGGAUGACACCAAAAAAUAAGUUAAUGCAUUUUAAAAAAUAGAAAAUAAAAAAGACUGCAGAGAGAAGGUCUUCUGCUUAAGUCACCUUCAGCUUAACCCUUUGAAAGAGAGCCAACUGCUUUGAUUUCUUUCAAAAACAUGAGAAGAAGACAAGAAGCAACUUAACUAGCCAUGGCCCAAAGAUCAGCAAGAAAUCAGUUAAAACAAAAUUACCUGAAAAUAAGCAACAGAGAGUGGGAGAGAGGGAAAAAAUAAAAUAAGUUACCAGCAAGACGGCUCAUUGUUGCUGAUUUGUAGUGUUUUUUUUUUUCAGUACUACGGAAAAAACAGAAUGAUUAACAAAAAGAUCACUUGAGAUAGAUUUGGUGUUUUAAAAAGUUGUUUCUGCAGAUCAGCUCGUUUAAUAUGUUAAAUAAAAAAAAAACAUACAGAAAAUUUAACGUGCAAAUGUUUUAGCAUUAUUGCACAUAGUAACUACUGAUAACCAUCUUUUUUCUUUGUUUUUGAACACGUCAUAACGCCAUAAUAAACGACCCCUGCGGGUUGAUUGGUAUAAAAAAUAUUCAGAGCCCGUAUCUAACUUUGGUUUUUGAUGUAUAUUUUUCUGUUUAUGUUUGUGAGAGUGUGAAUGUAUUUAUAAGUGUACAUACAGGACAUCAGGCCGUUUUUAGAAAUCUUUUUUAACUUCAGUGUUUUUAUUUGUUCUGUCAUCAUUUAAGUGCCUCAGCAGCAGAGAUGUUUCUUUGUCACAGCUUUAAAUAAACCUGCUGCACUUUA